UAUGGCAUGGGGUAAAGAGGUUAGGAAUCUAGUAUUUAAGAAAUAUGAAGAAUUGCGAAAAAUUAGGGCAACUGCAAGGGCUUUGGGAAUGGCACCAUCUACCAUUAAUGACAUUUUGAGAUAUCAGCCACCGCAACAAGAGAAUAGGGUGAUUUUCAUGGACAAGGCCAGAUUCUCUCUGAGUGGGCCUGAUGAUUUCAGGACAUGGACAAAAGAUGUUGAAAAAAAUUUUAGAGUAACAAAAAAUAUGGGAAGAGGUGGAGUGAUGGUUUGGGGAUUAAUAACCUCAGAUGGGGUAUUUGAGGUUUGGAGGAUAAGUCAAAAAUUGACUGCCCAAAAUUAUAGCUGUUUUGUUGUGGAAGAUGUUCUUCCUGUCAUUGAAGAGAUAUCACUCAAAAUGGGCAGGAAUUACAUCUUCCAACAAGACAAUGCAGGCUGCCACACAGCAAGAGCAACUAGGAGGGCCUUUAGAAUGAAUGGUAUCAAUCCAAUUGAUUGGCCAGCAAAGAGCCCUGACCUGAGCCCUAUAGAAAAUAUGUGGCACCUGACAAAAAAUUUAGUUUAUGAUGGGGCACAAUUUCAAUCUGGGGAUGAACUGUGGGAGAAAAUAAAAAAAUGUUCAUACCAGGUUAUAAGUCAAAAUCCUGACUUGCUACCAAAUUUAUAUGCAGGGAUGGGAGGGAUAUCUAUUGGCAAUCCUGUAAAAGAGGAGAAAGUUUGCAAAAGUGAAACUUGUCACAUGGUUUCAAAUAUAUUUUUAAGCAGUUUUGGUGAGAAUACAAACAAUAUUUGUUGCAAAAUCUUUGAAAAGUCACUCAUUUGGCAAAAAGAGGGAAUAUUGUAUGGUUUAACAACUGCAAGUAAACCAUUGUAUCAGCAUGUUUUGGCAAAACAAGAAAAUGCAACUUUUGAUAAUCGGGGAUUAGAGAAUUGCAGAAUUUAUUACCAGUCCUGUUUAGACCAUUCUCAAACAAUUGAAAAGUUAGGAGCAGAGCCUCUACUUGGUCUAAUUAGAAGCUUAGGUGGUUGGGGUGCUGAUAACAAGUCUUCUGUUUCAAAAGAAAAUUUUCAGGACACAAUAGAAAAGCUGACAGUACACAAUAUUUCACCUCUAUUUUCCUUGAGAGCUACUAAGGAUAAGAAGAAUUCAUCAAGGAUUUUGUACCAUUUAGAGGAAGGAGAUUUGGAAUUAAAAAGAGAUCAGUUAAUAAAUGGAACACAGCCAUUGAAUAUAAGUAGCAACAAAGCACUAACAUCUUUUAAAAAAUACAUAAUGAACAUAAAUGAACUAUUAGGAGGAGAGAAGAGUUCUUCUCAAAAACUGGCUAUUGAUAUUAUAACAUUCCAUCAAAAAAUAGCAAGUUUUAGCAGUAAUAAAAAAGAGAAGAAAAAUGACAUUAAGAUGUUCACAUUUAAAGAAUUACAAGAAGAAUUCCCAUUUAUGGAUUGGCUUCAGUUUGCUAAUAAUCAAUAUAAAUUUCAUAAUAUUAGUAAAGUUAUUAGUGAGGAUGUGUCUGUUGCUAUUCCAUCCAAUAGUCAAUAUUUUUAUAAAUUAAAUACAUUUCUUAAUCAAACUCAACAAACUAAAGAAGGAAAUAGAACUUUACACAAUUUUUUGAUAUGGCAAGUCAUUCAAGAUUCUAUUUCUUCCCUUUCAAAACCAUUUAGACAAGCAAAAGAAGAAUUUGAUGGUAAAAUUUCUGGGAAGAGAAGCAACAAUGAAAGAUGGCUUAACUGUUUAAUUGAUAUCAAAAAAGACAUUGGAUCUGAACUUGUUGAAACAUUUGUGGAAGCAGCUUUCUUUAGAGAAAGUGAAAGGGAAAUUAACAUUGCAGCAGACGAAAUAAUAUCUAGUUUUGAGCAUAGAAUACAAAAAGUGGAUUGGCUAUCUUCAAAAAUAAAGAACAAAAUCCAUGAAAACAUAUUAAUCAUUACUGAUAAGAUAAAACAUCCAUAUUUUGUACAAAAGGAACAUAUCACUUAUCAAAUAUAUGAAAAUUGGAACCCUAAGAUAUCUGAAUACUUUCAAAAUAGAUGGAAUUUAAAAGGUACUAUAUAUGAAGUUUCUAAAAAUGAAAUACAUAUUCCAGAAGGUGUAUUACAAGAACCAUUUUACUACCCUAAAAACUUUCCAAAAUCAGUCAGUUAUGGCGCAAUAGGUCAUGUUCUUGGACAUGAAUUAUCUCAUGGUUUUAGUGAUAGUGCUGAGGUGAAGAAUUUUGACAAGAAUGGAGAAUUAAAAAAAGAAAUUGAUAAUAAUAUACAAGAUUUAGCCAAUAACCUAACAGUCGAAGAAUUUAACUUACCUGGCCUUGAAGAUAAAACACCUAAGGAGCUGUUCACCAUGUCCUAUAGAUAUUCCUCGUGCUUAGCAAACAAGCCAACAUUUUGCUCAUAA